UUAAUAAAAACAGUGGCAGUGACGUCACAUGAUGCCGGAAGUUUGACCUUCGGCGCGUUGGGUCCGAAGCUUCGCGGGAGCUGGGUUUGCCGGGGUUUAGUUGAACGUCAAAAUGGAAGGUGACACCGCUAUCCGGAGGCUCAGGUCCUCUCAGAAUAACGUGUGUUAUGAGAACAGCGGCUCUGCGAAGCGUGAAGACGCGAAGAAGAAGAAACACGAAGGCUCGUUUGUGCUAAGCGAAGGAGUCGCGUGCGCGCUCGUGCUCGUGUUCAUAUGCGCGCUCUGGGUUUCCGUGCACUGGUCUCUGAAGCAGCUCGUGACAGGAAAAGCCACCGGGGAGUUCAGCGCGUCCCGGGCCCGGAAGUACCUGGAGCGCAUCACCAGUGUGGGGCCUCGACCCGCAGGCAGUGCUGAGAAUGAAAUCAUGACUGUAAGCUUCCUGUUGGAGCAGGUGGAGCGGGUGCGACGCGAGAGCGCCGACGGGCCGAACACCAUCACGGUGGAGACGCACAAACACAGUGGUUCAUUUAGCAUCGACUUCCUGGGCGGAUUCACAAGCUGCUACGAUCAAAUCGUGAACAUCGUAGUGCGGCUCGAACCCAGAGGUGGAGCUCAGCACUUCGUACUGGCUAACUGCCAUUUCGACAGCGUGCUCAGCAGUCCAGGAGCAAGUGACGAUGCAGUAAGCUGUGCUGUGAUGCUGGAGGUGUUGCACUCAAUAUCCAGUCUUUCUAUUCCUCGAAAUCACGGAGUCAUCUUUCUGUUUAACGGAGCUGAGGAGAACAUCCUUCAGGCGAGUCAUGGCUUUAUCACUCAGCACGAGUGGGUGAAGCAGAUCAGGGCAUUUGUGAAUCUGGAAGCUGCUGGAGUUGGAGGAAAGGAGCUGGUGUUCCAAACGGGUCCAGAGAACCCGUGGCUGGUUCAGGCAUAUGUUCAUGCUGUUAAACACCCUUUUGCCUCUGUUGUGGGGCAGGAAGUUUUCCAGAGCGGUAUUAUUCCCUCCGACACCGACUUCCGCAUCUUCAGAGACUUUGGCAACAUUCCUGGUAUUGAUCUGGCCUUUAUUGAGAACGGGUAUAUCUACCACACUAAGUACGACACUGCAGAUCGCAUCCAUACAGACUCCAUUCAGAGAGCAGGUGACAACAUCCUGGCCUUGCUGAAGCAUCUGGUCACUACGGAAACGCUGGCUGACCCAUCAGAAUAUCGCCAUGGCAGCAUGGUGUUUUUCGAUGUCUUGGGUGUAGCAAUGGUGGCGUAUCCAGCAAGAGUUGGUUCCAUCAUCAACUACAUGGUCGCCAUAGCAACCCUUGUCUACCUUGCCAAGAAAUGUCUGCGGCCUAGCAACGUGGGUGGCCGGUACGUGUUGGAACUGGUGUACGGCUCGUGCGUGUUUGUGCUCAGCUGGUUCGUGAUGCUGCUCACGGUUCUGAUUGUGGCGCUGAUGGUCACGCUGCUGGGUCGCUCCAUGUUCUGGUUCACUCACUUUCACACCUCCAUCUGCCUGUACGGAUCUGUUGCAGCUGGAAAGAUGCUUCUGAUCCACACCCUCGCCAAAAACCUCUACUACAGAAAUAUGCGGAGGUUGGAUUUGGGCGACUUGUUCUUCGACGUCAGUCUGCUAUUGUGGUGUUGCGCCCUUGUUUUUCUCACUCAGCGUGGUCUGUGCUCGGCAUAUGUUCCCAUGCUCAUGGUGUUUUUCCCUCUCGCCACCAAGCUGCUACUCUCCAGACACUUUGCACAGAAAGGUGUGUCAAAGUCCUAUGUCCUCUUCUACCUAUUGGGGAUGUCCUUCCCUUACGUCCACCUGCUGUUCCUCAUCUGGAUCGUGUUCGAGAUUUUCACACCCAUUAUGGGACGCAGCGGCACUGAAAUCCCCCCUGACGUCGUGCUUGCGUCACUCAUUGCUGUGGCAACCAUCCUGCUCUCGUCGUUUUUGAUUCACUUCCUGUACCUGGCACGCAGCACGAAGCGUAUAUUAGCUGCUUUAUGGACGAUUUUUGCUGUGACGUUUGUCCUGGUUUCCUGCGGACUUUUCUUUCCGUAUUCAGGUGACCCGGCCAGCCCACGACCCAAACGAGUCAUUAUACAGCACACCACACGCACUUUUCAUGCUUUGGACGGCUCUUUGGAGAAAACGGAUUCCGGUUUUUGGAUCAACAGCUUUGAUUAUACAGGAAUGAGCCACAUCACCCCUCACGUUCCAGAGAUUAACGACACCAUACGCAUGCGCUGCAGUGAUGAGUUACCCUUCUGUGGUUUCCCCUGGUUCCUUCCUGUCAAAUUCCUCAUCAAGAAGAACUGGUAUCUCCCUGCUCCUGCAGUGUCCCCGAAAUCUCCAUUGGAGUUCAAACUGGUAUCCAAACACGUAUCAGAAUGGGGCGCAGUCAAGCUGAGCUUUGAAGCUAAAGGGCCGAGCCACAUGUCCCUGUAUGUCCUGCCCCACACAGGAUCUUCACUCACAGGCUGGUCGUUCGCAGACGGGACGCCGCAGUACGACCUGAACGGAGAAUAUUUUAUAUUUUACUCUCACGGUGUGGAUGCAGGACCGUGGACCUUCUGGAUUGAGGUUCAGCCAUCCGCAGAGCAUUCGGAUGAAGACGGCAUGAUCUCCAUCGCCAUUUCAGCUCACUAUUUAUUCGGAGACGAACAGCACACUCCUGAACUCGAUUUGCUUUUGCGGAAACUUCCAGACUGGGCUUUCGCAGCUUCAUGGGUCAGCACUUAUGACCUGUACCUGUACUGAGAGGUGGGCAUCCAACAUCAGCUGAGCGUCAAACUCCCAACAGUGAAAGUCUGUGUGAAUCCCAUCCACACUGGUUAUUUAUUUCAGACUAAACCACUGUCUCAGGUUCGUGUAUGAAGUCAGUCUGCAUUUGUUCCCCUCCACUUCUGUUUUUCUUGUGUAAGGGUUUCCCACCCUCCCUCCCUCCCUCCUCCCUCCCCCCCCAUAGGCAGUGAUUUUAAAAAUGCAAAGUAAUUAGCCUGUAACUCGAAGCCAUGCUGUAUUGAAAUACACAGCCAGUAUUCCAUCCACUUUAACACCACCAACUAAACAAACAAACAAAAAAUGACAAAGUAACUAUGAGCAAUUUGUGAAACCACUGUGAACGACUGACAAUUUUUCAAUAAGAUUAACAGGCGUGGCAUUGAGGAUGCUUUAGUCUAAACUGACUAGAUUUCCUAUUUCAAGUAGGUCUCAUUUUAGUCUUUAUUUACUACGACUCACUUUCCCUCGCUGACAGGUCAGCAAUCCAGCAAUAAAGUCUGUGAGAAAAAGGUACAAGUUGUUUUUGUUGGUGACAGAUUUACAAAACCCUCCUCGAUACAGCUUAAUGCCGACACGGACACCGCAUUUCACAUGGUGACCUUUUUUUUUUUGGUUUGUUUUUCCCUUCCACUAUAGAAAGGCCUGUGUGAAGAAAAUCUGUAGCCCAAAGAUGCCUUCAACAAGAAUGAAAUUACUGUGAGCAGUAGUCAGUAUUUGGUAUGUUACUUUAUAGAAAUGAGCUGGAAGUCUUACUGAGCAUCUUGAAGCAGUGGGAGAUCGCCACUUAUUUUUGCAGCAAAACCCAGGAGCCUUCAUUGCAUGUCUUGUGUAAUACUGAUGCUUUACUGAAAUGGUUUUGUACUGACUCAAGUUCUAAAAUAAAACUCUAAAGAUGUG